AUGAACUUAGAUUCUUCUGCAAUGAAAGCCGUAAUUCAAGGACUUUUAUUUGGUUUGGAUGGUUGGGUUACUGCUUUGUUAAAAUCACCUUUUCAACAAAUGUGUUAUGCGGUCAACAUGACUAAGGAGAUUAAUAAUGAGGAUAAAGAUUAUAUAAUAACCAAGGCCACCGAAUCUAAUGAACACUGCAAAGAAACUCUGAAAAAAUUUGGUAUAUUGACUAUUACCGUGGAACUAGCCAAAGUUUUUAUCAAACAAAGAAAUUUGACUGAGGCGGCCAAAGACGAAAAUGGACCGCAUGCCAAUUGUUACAAAGUCCAUAGCCCUUUAACCGGUUAUAUUGCCAAGAUUUAUGCUGAUAAUACCACCUUGCAUAUGGUGGGCGCCAAAGGUUUACAGGUUAUUUUGACUAUCAAUUUUCAAACUACUAAACUUAUUUCUAUUUACGAAGCGCAAAUUUCUAGCGUGGCGGUAAUGGUUCCUUGGCAACCUUUGCUUUUAGGAAAAGUGCAAAAAGAAGAAUAUGGAGCGGAAAGCAUUCAAGUUCUCGAAAACAUUGAAGCGGUUCGUAAAAGACCGGGAAUGUAUAUUGGCUCCACCGACGAACAAGAUCAAACUACCAUUACCGUUAAGGAUGAUGGACGGGGAAUUCCAGUUGAAAUCCACCCCAAAACUAAAAUAAGUGUUUUAAGAACUAUUUUUGAGAUGCUUCAUUCGGGAGGAAAAUUCGAUAACAAAGCUUAUAAAACUUCCGGGGGGCUUCAUGGAGUAGGAGUGACCGUGGUUAAUGCCCUUUCUAAAUCUUUACGAGUAGAGAGCA